AUGCGUUAUACUCAUGCGAUACUCGUUCGAAUCCCUAAAACACUAAAAUUAGAAAACGAAAAAAAGGCGAAAAUUGAUUUGCAAUUAGCACUUCAGCAGUUGGGAAGUCUGUGCGACACACUUCGAGAGUCAGGUGUUGAAAUUAUUGAAUUGCCACCUGAAGAAAAUUGUCCACAACAAAGUGUAUUACUCGGCGAUUGUGCGAUCUUUGUCAAUGGAACUGCUUUAAUUACUCGGCCGAAAAAACCGGGAAGUCGGCUAUAUGAGAUAGCAGUCGCUUUACGCAGUUCAUGCUGGCAACUCGUUGAAACUCCAGCAAGUGAACGUGGAAAAGAAAUUUUCCUUGAAGGAAGCGAUGUUCUUUUCACCGGAAAAGAGAUUUUUGUUGGUUUACGGAAGAAUGGUACCAAUAUUGAAGGUGCUAUGAUUCUUGGGCGAACAUUCGCUGAUUUUGCUGUUAUACCCAUCACAUUGCCUGGAACAUUACCGCUUCGACAUUAUGUUUCAUUUAUUUCGAAAAAUAUUUUAGUUGUCGGGAGUUCGAAAGAAGCGAAACAAGUUUUACAGCGUAUUGAACGUCAAGCAACAUUUCGCUACAAAACAUUAACCGUCGAACAAGAUGCCGCUGUAAACUGUUUCAAUGUUAAUGAGUAUGUCAUAUAUCGUCAAGAUGCCCCCGACACGAAAUUCAAAAUUUUACAAGAACCACUUCAAUUAUGGGGUAUCAAUUGUAAUGAAUUAAUUAAGCUCGGCAAUCCCAUCUCACGUUUUUUUGUUCUUUUCCGUGAAAUGAAAUCAUUUAAAUCGAUUUGGUGA